AUGUAUCGUUUAGUUUCAAAGUGCGGUCUCAAUUUCAAACCAACAGCUCAAAAGCCAAUUGAAUAUAAGCAUGGUCCACGAUCUGUCGCCAUCGGCGAUUUCGAUAAUGACUCCGUUUUGGAUAUGGUUAUUGCCAAUCAUAUAGCCAACAACAUAGCGGUGUAUUUGGGAAAAGGCGAUGGCAGUUUUCGAAAUCCAAUCAUAUAUUCAACAGGUUCCUACUCUAGCCCAUACAUGGUCACAGUUGCUGAUUUCAACAAUGACAACCGAUUGGAUAUUGCAGUAGCGAAUUUCGGCACUAACAAUGUCGGAAUCUUUUAUGGAUUUGAGAAUGGAUCUUUUGCAAGUCAAAUAGAACUUUCAACAGGCUCAUCUCGUCCGAUAGCAAUUAUUGCCGUUGAUUUCAACAAUGACUCACUACUUGAUAUUGCCACUGCGAAUUACGGAACUCACAGUAUUAGUAUAUUCUAUGGAUAUGGUCAAGGAAAUUUUUCGCCUCCAAUUACAUAUUCAACAGGUUAUGAUUCUCUUCCAUCCUCAUUAGCUGCUGGAGAUUUCAAUAACGACAACUAUUUAGAUCUCGCCAUCGCCAAUUAUGGCACGAAUAAUGUUGGCGUACUAUUUGGAAAUAGUAAUAAAACUUUUGACAAACAAAUCACGUUUUCAACUGGACUUAGUUCCCAUCCAUACUCAAUUGCGGUCGGUCAUUUCCAUACCGAUAAUUUUCUGGAUAUCGCUAUCGCGAAUUCCGGAACUCGCAAAAUUGGUGUACUCUCAAACAACGGUAAUGGAACUUUCGCUAAUCAAGCCACCUAUUCCAGCGGUUCUGCUUCUCCAUAUGCAAUUGCCGUCGGAGAUUUCAACCAAGAUAAUCGAUUAGACAUCGUCAUCACUAAUAAUGGCAUUGAAAAUAUAGGUGUACUUCUUGGAUAUGAAAACGGUCAUUUUGAAAAUCCAAUUAUGUAUUCAACUGGAUCUUAUUCUUCGAUUUCUGUUGCCAUAGGUGAUCUCAAUAAGGAUCAUCGAUUAGAUAUUGUGAUCGUCAACAAUGAUACUGGUAGCAUAGAUAUUCUCCUUGGUUAUUUUGAGGGUUUUUUAAACCAAACAACGUAUUCAGCUGGCUCUUUUUCAGCAUCUGUAGCUGUUGGUGAUUUCAACAACGACACUCGACUAGAUAUCGUUGUCGCCAAUACGAAUAGCAAUGAUGUGAGUGUCCUUCUUGGAAAUGGAAAUGGUUCUUUUGAAAAUCAAACAAGGUAUUCAGCUGGCUCUGGGUCACGAUCUGUAGUUGUUGGUGAUUUCAACAACGACAUUCAAUUAGAUAUCAUUGUCGCCAAUUAUUAUAGCAAUGAUGUGAGUGUUCUUCUUGGAAAUGGAAAUGGUUCUUUUGAAAAUCAAACAAGGUAUUCAACUGGCUCUUCUCCAGCAUCCGUAGUUGUUGGUGAUUUCAACAACGACACUCGCCUAGAUAUCAUUGUCGCCAAUUAUUAUAGCAAUGAUGUGAGUGUUCUUCUUGGAAAUAGAAAUGGUUCUUUUGGAAAUCAAACAAGGUAUUUAGCUGGCUUUUGGCCACGAUGUGUAGCUAUUGGUGAUUUCAACAACGACACUCGACUAGAUAUCGUUGUCGCCAAUUGGUAUAGCAAUGAUGUGAGUGUCCUUCUUGGAAAUGGAAAUGGUUCUUUUGAAAAUCAAAGAAGGUAUUCAGCUGGCUCUUUUCCAGCAUCUGUAGUUGUUGGUGAUUUCAACAACGACACUCGACUAGAUAUCGUUGUCGCUAAUUAUUAUAGCAAUGAUGUGAGUGUUCUUCUUGGAAAUGGAAAUGGUUCUUUUGAAUAUCAAACAAGGUAUGGAGCUGGCUCUUAUCCAGCAUCUGUAAUUGUUGGUGAUUUCAACAACGACACUCGACUAGAUAUCGUUGUUGCCAAUUCUCGGAGCAAUGAUGUGAGUGUUCUUCUUGGACAUGGAAAUGGUUCUUUUGAAAAUCAAACAAUGUAUUCAGCUGGCUCUGGGCCACAAUCUGUAGUUGUUGGUGAUUUCAACAACGACACUCGACUAGAUAUCGUUGUCGCCAAUUCGGGUAGCAAUGAUGUGAGUGUCCUACUGCAAUAUAAUAGAGGAGCGAUAGCAUAUAAAAUGGCGUAUGCAUCUGGAGGUGGAUCUAGCCUACAAUGCUUAGUGAUUGGGGAUUUUAACGACGAUACUAAUCUGGAUAUUGUCUUAGCUAAUUAUGGCACUAAUAAUAUCGGCGUCCUUGUCGGAUAUGGAAAUGGUAGUUUUGAAAACCAAAUGAUGCUCAGCACUGGCGCGAAUUCUCAUCCGAUUUCCGUCGCGGUUGGGGACUUUAAUGGUGACCGUGUACUGGAUAUUGCUUUAGGCAAUAAUGGUACCAAGCAUGCAGAUAUGAUGCUUGGAAAUGGGAAGGGAAAAUUUGCAAUUCAAACAAGUUAUAAAAUUGGUUUUGAUUCGCCUCCAUUAGUUAUGGCUUCUGGUGAUUUUAAUAAUGACAAACGAUCAGAGAUCGUGAUUGCUAACGGUGGAAGUAAUCAUGUGGAUAUCUUUGUUGCGUACAAUCAUGGUUCUUUUGAAAAUCAAAGAAGGUAUUCAGCUGGUUCUUGGCCACAAUCUGUAGUUGUUGGUGAUUUCAACAACGACACUAGACUAGAUAUCGUUGUUGCGAAUUCUCGGAGCAAUGAUGUGAGUGUUCUUCUUGGAAAUGGAAAUGGUUCUUUUGAAAAUCAAAGCAGGUAUUCAGCUGGCUCUUAUCCAGCAUCUGUAGUUGUUAGUGAUUUCAACAACGACAUUCGAUUAGAUAUCGUUGUCGCCAAUGCGGGUAGCAAUGAUGUGAGUGUUCUUCUUGGAAAUGGAAAUGGUUCUUUUGAACAUCAAAGAAGGUAUUCAGCUGGCUCGUAUCCAGCAUCUGUAGUUGUUGGUGAUUUCAACAACGACACUCAACUAGAUAUCGUUGUCGCCAAUACGAAUAGCAAUGAUGUGAGUGUCCUUCUUGGAAAUGGAAAUGGUUCUUUUGAAAAUCAAACAAUGUACUCAGCUGGCUCUUGGCCAGAAUCUGUAGUUGUUGGUGAUUUCAACAACGACAUUUGGUUAGAUAUCGUUGUCACUAAUUCUGUGAGCAAUGAUGUGAAUGUCCUUCUUGGCUAUAACAAUAUAGUUUUUGUAAAGCAAAUGAUACUGGAAACUGGAAAUAAUUCUCGACCACAGUCUUUAGUAAUUAGCGAUUUUAAUAAUGAUGGUCUAAUGGAUAUUGGCCUCGUUAAUUCACGUGCGCACAAUAUUGGUAUUUUUCUUGGAUAUGGAGAUAUCUCUUUUGGAAAUCAAAUCACAUAUUCAACUUAUCCAUAUUUAUAUCCAUGCUCUAUGGCUGUCGGUGAUUUCAACAAUGAUACUCGAGUGGAUAUCGUCUUUGCUAGUUGUGAGUCUGACAGUGUUGGUAUUGUUCUUGGAUAUGAGAAUGGCUCUUUUGGAAAUCAAAUGAUGUAUCCAACACGCUCCAAUUCGUCUGGAUACUCUUUAGCUGCUGAAGACAUUAACAAUGAUACUAUACUAGACAUUGUCGUCGCGAAUCAUGAUACCAAUUAUCUAGGUGUACUUCUUGGACAAGGCAACGGCACAUUUGCAAGUAUCAUCUUAUUUCCAUUGGAGUAUAGAUCCCAUCCAUUCUCCAUUGUCAUUGGCGAUUUCAACAAUGACAGAAAACUAGAUGUUGCCAUCGCUAAUAAUGGUACUGACAGUUUAAAUAUUCUCUUGCAGACUUGUUAG